AACUGAACCAUCUAAAAGGAACCUAAAGAUAGCAUCUUCAGGUUUCUCAAAAAAAAAAAAAAAGAUAGCAUCUUCAAACUGCAGUGUAUUUUUAUUUUUUUGGUUGAAGGAGUGGGAGGAGCGAUGAAGCAGCGAGAGUUGACGGUGGUAUUGUGCAUAAUAUGGGCAGUGAGCCUUCUUUAUGGCGAGAUGUUUGCAUAUUGGGUGCCAUCUCUCUGGGCUUGUUCCUGGCCUAAUCAUCAUCUCAACUCCAAAUCCAGGAUGGACGAAGUAGGAUAUUCUACUGACUACAUAAAAGUUGUUGUUCUUACUGAUCCACAGCUUAUGGAUAAAACCUCGCUGGGUCUUGCUCCAAAAUCUCUUGCUCUUGAGAUUGCACAAUUCUAUGCCGAUUUGUUCAUGCGCAGAGCUUUUUUCUCAUCUAUCAUGCCUUUCAAACCUGAUGUAAUUUUGUUUUUGGGUGAUUAUUUUGAUGGCGGACCUUAUUUGUCGGAUGAAGAAUGGCAGGAAUCUUUAAGCCGCUUUAAGCACAUAUUUGGUCUGAAUGCACAAGGAAGAUAUAAAAAUAUCCCAGUUUAUUACCUUCCUGGAAACCAUGAUAUUGGCUAUGCAAGUCUUCACUAUCAAAGGCCAGAGGUUAUCAAGCGCUAUGAAAAUGAAUUUGGGAUGAGAAACUACCAAUUUACAGUUGGAAAAGUGGAUUUUAUUGCUAUUGAUGCCCAAACUCUUGAUGAUAAACAAAGAAGCGGGCGUCCACAAGAAGAUUUGGCUUCCCUAACAUGGAAUUUUGUCAAAAAUGUCUCCAUGGAUGUUCAAUUGAAUCCAAGGGUUUUAUUGACCCAUAUUCCAUUGUACCGGCAGGAUUGGACUUCUUGUGGUCGACUCCGUGGUUCCCCAGUCAUCAACCAGCGGGUCUUGCGUGCUGUUGAUAGUCAAGAAGUAGUGUACCAAAAUUAUGUCUUUGAAGAGUCAUCAAACCACCUGCUGGAAUUAAUAAAGCCUGUACUCAUUUUAUCUGGUCACGAUCAUGAUCAGUGCACAGUCAGCCACAACUCAAAAUUUGGGUCCAUAAAAGAGCAAACUGUAGGGACCAUAAGUUGGCAGAUGGGAAACUUAUACCCGUCUUUCAUGCUAUUAUCUGCUAGUAACUUUACACUUCCAAAUGCAUCCCAUCCAGAAGAAGCAAUCUCAACUCAUCUGUGCUUUCUUCCAAUGCAAACACACAUCUACAUAUGGUAUCUUUCACUAUUUGUUCUGACCCUUCUUGCCCUCCUUCUUUGGCCUACAAGUGGCUUGAGUGUUUGGAACCAUUGUAGCAAUUUAAUAGUAAGUUGCAACAUUUUUGGAGGUGGAACAAAGGAGAAAAAUGAAGAUGAGAACUGCGAAUAUGAAAUGAUUUGGGAUGCAGAAGGAUCGAUGCAUCUUGUGAAGAAAGCUUUGAAUGCCCCAAUUGCUAAUUUAAGUGAAAGGGGUUUGGUUGAAAGCAGGGGUAAUGCUGUAAUGCGGCCAACAGCUAAGAAACAUAUCUCUCAGGAUAUAGAAGCCUCUAUGAAUGUGGACUUGGGUGCAGAUGUUGAUUCUAUGUUAAAAAUGACAACUAGAACAAGCAAAUCAAAGACAAAGAUCGCGAUUCAGAGAUUGGUGCGGACAUUCCGAAUGCUUACUAUCAUUGCUGCAGUGAAUCUUCCUCUCUACAUGAUGUUACUUUUUAAGGAUUGGAUUGACUAAAUGAAAUCAGCACAAAAUUUUUUAUGUUCUUGUUCUUUAUAUAGUUGCCUCUUGAGUCUUGAUAGCACAUGAAAUUUAUUAGCUUAAAAUUUUUGAAUCCCACUUGUGCUCUUUUCUUUAUUGUCAUUGACAUAUUGGUGUCAUUUUAUAUCAUCCAUCGAAUUAUUUGGUGCUA